AUGGGCUCAACUCCUGAAAAUCAGCUAAAGCUGAGAAUCGCCAUAGAUCGAGGCGGCACAUUCACCGAUGUUCACGCCUACGUCCCCGGCUCAGAUCACGAGCAAGUCUUCAAGCUCCUCUCGGUCGACCCUCGCAACUACAAGGACGCCCCGACCGAGGGCAUCCGCCGCGCCCUCUCAAAAUUCAGAAACACCACAAUUCCACGUGACGAGCUCAUCGACACACAUGACAUCGAGUCCAUCCGCAUGGGUACCACCAUCGCCACUAAUGCCCUCCUUGAGCGCCAGGGCGAGCGCGUCGCCCUUCUAACCACCAGGGGCUUCAGGGACUUGCUGCUGAUCGGAAACCAGGCGCGGCCGCACAUUUUCGAUCUGUCAGUGCAGAAGCUCCAGAAUUUGUACGAUAAGGUGGUGGAGGUGGAGGAGCGCGUGACCAUGGAGGAGUUCCUCGAGAACCCGGAGAAGCAACCGAUUGAUAUUAGCCAGGAUGAUGCGCUGGUCGAGGGCGUAACGGGCGAGGUCGUUCGCAUUAUCAAGACGCCGAAUAUAGAGGAGAUUCAACGUCAGCUCGAGGCGCUGAAGGCAGAGGGCUUCAGUAGCCUCGCCGUGUGCUUCAUGCACUCGUAUUUGUACACCAAGCACGAGGAUCAGGUGGCUAAGCUCGCUCGAGACAUGGGAUUCGACGUGUCUGUAUCAUCAGAGCUCCAACCUACAAUCAAAAUGGUUCCCAGGGGUAAUUCGGCCGCCGCAGACGCAUACCUUUCUCCGCUCAUCAAGCGAUACGUCGCCAACUUCGGCACGGGCUUCAAGGGCGGCCUCGAGGCCAUCGCUGACAAGCUGCUGUUCAUGCAAAGCGACGGAGGCUUGUGUCUCUGGCACAAGUUCUCAGGCCUGCGCGCUAUUCUGUCAGGUCCUGCGGGGGGCGUCAUUGGCUACGCGCAGUCCUGCUUCGAUGAGGAGACGAGGCACCCGCUGCUGGGCUUCGAUAUGGGAGGCACGUCGACCGACGUCAGCCGCUUCUCAGGGACCUACGAACACGUCUUCGAGACGGAGACGGCCGAGGUCACGCUGCAGGUGCCGCAGUUGGACAUCAAUACGGUGGCAGCGGGUGGUGGUAGUAUUCUGCAUUGGAAGAACGGCCUGUUUGCCAUCGGUCCUGAUUCCGCCGGUGCACACCCUGGCCCCGUCUGCUACCGCAAAGGAGGCCCUCUCACCGUGACAGACGCCAACCUCUUCCUCGGUCGUCUGCUCCCCGAGUACUUCCCCUCAAUUUUCGGCCCCAACGAAGAUGAACCACUCGACUACAAUGCCACGGUCAAGGCUUUCGACGAAAUGACUGCCAAGAUCAACGCCGAGGAGAAGAUGUCAUUGACGCCCGAGGAGGUUGCCAGCGGUUUCCUUCGUGUCGCCAACGAGGGCAUGAGUAGGCCGAUCCGCUCUCUGACCGAAGGGCGAGGAAUUCGCACCGCCGACCACACGCUCGUCACCUUUGGCGGCGCUGGAGGACAACAUGCCUGCGACGUGGCUGAAGCACUGGGCAUCACCAGGAGCGCCAUCCACCGCUUCUCGUCUAUCCUGUCGGCGUACGGCAUCGCCCUCGGCGACCUGACACACGAGGUUCAGCAGCCGCGUACCGACACACUAUCUCACAUGGCCGAGGCCGGUCUUGAGGCCAAGUUUCGCCCGCUCGUGGAGGAGGGAGGCGCUGUGCUCGCAUCUCAGGGGUUCACGGACGAGGACAUCCGGCACGAGCUGUUCCUCAACCUCCGCUACAAGGGCACCAAUAGCUCUCUAAUGGUCCGCAAGCCCGUUAGCUCGUGGGAUUUUGCUAGUGUGUUCACGCAGCAACAUCGCGACGAGUUCGGCUUCACCCUUGACCGCGAGAUUCUUGUAGAUGAUAUUCGCGUUCGCGUCGUUGGAAAGACGACCGGCAACAAAUUCCAGAGCAUAUCGCAGGCGCUGGCUGCUGUCACCACCAAGAAUCUGUCCCCAUCCAAGAGCGCCAAGAAGACGAGGCUCUACACGGCUGGGGGCUGGCAUGACGUGCCGCUGUACAAACUUGACGACCUUAGCUCCGGCGACUGCAUCACUGGGCCGGCUGUCAUCCUCGAUCAGACGCAAACAAUCCUCGUCCAGCCAAAGUGGAUAGCUACCGUCCUCUCGCGCCAUCUCCUCCUCGACAAGGGACAACCUGAGCCGAGCUCGGGCGGUAGCAAGAUAGAAGAGGCAGACGACAAGGUUGACCCCGUUCAACUCUCCGUGUUUGGCCACCGUUUCAUGAGCAUAGCAGAGCAAAUGGGUAAAUCUCUCCAAAAAACCUCCGUCUCCAUCAACAUAAAGGAGCGUCUUGACUACUCGUGCGCCAUCUUCUCCUCCCGGGGCGGCCUCGUGGCCAACGCCCCGCAUAUCCCGUGCCACCUCGGCGCCAUGAGCUUCGCCGUCUCCUACCAGGCCGAGAAAUGGGGCAACCGCCUUCGACCCGGAGACGUGCUCGUCUCGAACCACCCGAUCGCAGGUGGCUCGCAUCUCCCUGACAUCAACGUCAUUACCCCCGUCAUUGAUGAGGCCACCAACGAGGUGCUGUUCUGGGUCGCCUCGCGGGCGCAUCAUGCCGACAUUGGCGGCAUCCGGGCUGGCUCGAUGCCCCCCGACUCCAAGGAGAUCUGGCAGGAGGGCGCCUCCUUCACCUCCUUUAAGCUUAUCGACCAGGGACGAUGGAACGAGGAGGAGCUCAGCGAGAUUAUGCUUACCAAGCCCGCUUCGUACCCCGGUUGUACAGGCACGCGUACAUGGAACGACAAUGUCAGCGAUCUCAAGGCUCAAGCAGCCGCCAACCUCAAGGGUAUACGACUUAUCCAGGAGUGCAUCCGGGAGUACGGUCUCCCCACAGUACAGAAGUAUAUGGUUGGCAUUCAGCACAAUGCCGAAAAGGUCGUCCGCAACUUGCUGCGAAGAGUGUACGAUGAGUUCUACGGCCUGCCGCUCGAGGCGGUCGACUACCUCGACGACGGCAGCACCAUGUGUCUCAAGGUCAGCAUCGAUCGCGACGCCGGCUCCGCGACCUUUGACUUCACAGGCACCACCGGCGAGACUUAUGGCAACCUCAACGCGCCCAGGGCCAUCACUUUCAGCGCCAUCAUAUAUGUGCUUCGGUCGCUCGUCAACGAGGACAUCCCGCUUAACCAGGGUUGCCUCGCGCCUAUUAAUGUCAUCCUUCCCAAUGGAACCUUUCUCUCGCCCUCGGCGGGAGCGGCUACCGUUGGAGGCAACACCGACACCUCCCAGCGCGUCACCGACCUCGUUCUCCAGGCUUUCCAGGCCGCCGCCGCCAGCCAGGGCACGUGUAACAACCUGACCUUUGGGUACGGCGGCGAAGUCGUCGACGGCAAGGUAAAACCCGGCUUCGGCUACUACGAGACGAUUGCUGGCGGCUCAGGGGCUGGCCCCAAUUGGGUCGGCCAGUCUGGCGUACACGUCCACAUGACCAACACCCGCAUCACCGACCCCGAGUCUCUCGAGAAGCGCUACCCAUGUAUUCUGCACGAGUUCUCCAUCCGACGGGGCUCUGGUGGUUCUGGAAAGUACCCCGGCGGCGACGGGUGCAUUCGCGACAUCGAGUUCCGCCGCGAGGUCGAAGUGUCCGUCCUAUCCGAGCGCCGUACCAUUCCUCCUCCCGGCAUCCAAGGGGGUGGCCCCGGCAAGAGAGGAGAGAAUAUAUGGGUGCGACAUGACGAGUUCGGCACGCGGGAGGUGAUGCUCGGGCCGAGAAACACAUGUAACAUGAAAAAGGGCGACAGGAUCAUUAUUCGGAGUCCAGGAGGUGGUGGUUAUGGUAAAGCAGAUUGA